AUGUCCCUCGAAGAACUGGAUGAAGAUGUCAGAUGCAUAGCUAUCAUCACGGAAGGCCGCUCGAAGACCGAACUAAAAGAACACGUCAAAUUAACGAAAGAGGCAAUCACACAACAGAUAGUCACAGCAGUUUCGAUCGAAGAAGAUUACGAGCACCUCAAGCAUGUACAAGUAAUUGAAGGAGAACAGAGGGAACAACUGAUAAUCACUGGAAGAAUGCACUUUGCAGCCAAAGUGAGCAAGGAGCGUUACCUGGCAUUAUGCGCACAUUGUUCGCUCUCCAACAAGUGUUACGCUUUCAGUUACCUAGAUGAGCAAGAAGAAAGUGGUUACAACAUCGACGAACCUGCAUUAAGAGAGAUGAGUGCACACAUAAAAGAAAUCGACAAAGUCAUCAGACGGAUUGAAAAGCGGCAUCACGUUGCGGAGGGUAACCUUCGCUCUGCAGCGAAUAGAAAGGACGAGGCGGAUAAGCAGAUCAUCAGAAUCCUCAACGACAAGUUAGCCGAACGAGACCGGGAAAUCUUCAGCUUGAGAGCCACAAUGGCCAUUUUGACUACGGUGCAACAGCCCGCUCCCUACAAUGCAGAAUUUGGAUGCCAAGUUGGCCCCGAGUUAUCCAACGCUCAGUCCCAGACGGAAGUAGCUGAAGUAAUUGACGUCGAACAGGCUCCGUUGGCAGAGGAAGACAACGAGAGGUUGGAUAUAUGCGGAGAAAAGGACGAUUCGCUGAUGUUGCUUGAUCAGGACAGCGAUGAUGAACAGAUGAACGAUGAUGAACAGAUGGAUGACGAGCGGUAUCUGGGACACCUUAUCCAUGAAGCCGAACAUGAUGAGAGCCCACCAAGUAAGGAAUACGAGAAAAAUAAAGAAAUCAAAAGGAAGCAAGAAGAAUGCAAAACUCUUUUAGAAGACAUUGCACAGCUGGGGCGAGAUUUAAAUGUUUUUCCCCACCGGGUGUACGGAGAAGUACCGCGCGGAACCCACCAGAAACGGCAACGAGCGUUACGAGAGAGUACGAAGCGAAGUUAUGCCCUCGCUGCCAUGAGUCGUACCCACCAGGAAGAUGCCAGUGGGCGGCCUUACUUUUACUGUGAGAAGCUCAAGGGCACUAUAGCGGCCAGACUCAUGCCUCGCGACUCAGGCCAUCAGAAGUCACUCUGCACCGUGCCGGAUGAAAAGGAGACUCUCAGGCGCUGGAUUGAAGAAUUGAAGGAACGAUAUAUCGGACUCAUGAGAGAAACCAUCGCCAUGAAAGAAGACAACGCCGAGGCGCGAGUGUCGCUAAAGGCGACUUUCAGAGGCAAGUAA